UCCUCCUGUUAUUUCUUAUCUCCAUAGAGUAGGUUAUUCCUCUUUGUUCCUCUUCCAUUACUAUAAGUUCUAUGGAAUACGAGCGAAUGCCGGUGGCACUGUUCAUUACUGUCGACGAGACACCUGUCUAUUCGAGUUAAGAAAGAGUUAAUGCCAUGUCUGACCCUACGAGUGAUCAUGUAGAUGUAUUGGACGAGGAGCCGGACGUGGAGUCCAGCUAUAAACCUCCACCGGAAAAGUCCAUUGAGCAAAUCCUGGAGGCAGACAAGGAAGACGAAAGUCUGCGCAAAUAUAAGGAGACGCUUCUAGGAGAAGCGAAGUCUGGCGGUAUCAUAGUAGAGCCUAAUGAUCCUAGAAAGGUAAUAGUAAAGAAAUUGGCACUAUGCGUUACCGAUCGACCAGACAUGGAACUGGACCUGACCGGCGAUUUGUCGCAAUUGAAGAAACAGACGUUUGUCAUAAAAGAGGGUGUGAGCUACAGAAUCAGAAUCGAUUUUAUUGUACAACGUGAGAUCGUGCAUGGAUUAAAAUACAUUCAAAAGACUUAUCGCCUUGGUGUACCUGGAGUGACGGUUGACAAAAUGAUGCAUAUGGUAGGCUCGUAUCCUCCUAAAACGGAGAUUCAAUCUUAUAUCACUCCAGCUGAGGACGCGCCAGCCGGUGUUGUUGCGCGGGGCUCCUACAGCGUCAGCUCUCUCUUCACAGACGAUGACAAGCACGAACAUCUCAAGUGGGAAUGGGCAUUCGAGAUCAAGAAAGAUUGGAAAGACUAAGUCAUCUUUUAUUUCGCGGAAGAAACCGGAGAAAUAAUUUACAACUUCUAGCCUUACUACAUUUUACGAAUAAUAAUUAAGGACGUAAAAUGCCAAAACAUAGACUUGGAUGGAUGAUUUUUAAUGCUUUAGUGGUGGUCGACGUUGCCAUAAGAAUUACUUAUUUACUUAUUUUAAGUAAUGAAAGAAGAGAAUAUUAUUGGUAUUUAUUAAGUUUUUUUCAUAAUUGAUUAGAGAAAUUGUAUUCGGAAAUUACGAAGUGUAUACACACACAUACACAACAUAUAUACACUAUUAUUAGAAGAUUUAUGACCCAGGAUCUAUGUUACCAUUUUAAAAAAUAAUAUUGCUUAAAACAGUUGGGUUUUAUUUAUUAGAUUUUGAUACCAUUAAAUAUUGUUAUCCACACUUCAACAAAAACACAAAACUUUAUUGUUUUUGGCAAUAUAUUCAGAAGAUAUUUACAUUUAGUCUAAACGAGAGCAUUUAGUUUUAACUUUGCAAAUUGUGGAAAAACAAAGAAGUAGAAAAAUCAUAUUUAUUUCAUUGUAAGAUCAUACUUUUUUUUAUUUGACAUUUAAAUUUUAUUUAAAAAAAUAAUAUAAAGUGGCGUCGCUCUUCAAGUUUUAAAUUAUUUUUUAAGGCUCUUGAUGACUACUUAUCGCAGCCAUAUUAAAGUCGUGACGUCAUAAGUGAGAAAUCACAUGUAAAAGUUUCCGCAAUAACUUUUGUAAAUAAAUAAAAUUUGGAUAAAACAAUAA